UGGGGAUGGGGAUGGAAUACUACCUACCCCACGUGGUAGGUAGGUAGGUAGGUAGGUUAUAUUGACUGUGGAGUAGAUAGAUAAUCUGGGGGUUGGAGCUUGGUUUUGAGCUUAUUUUUAUUGAGAUUGAGAUCUGGAUCUUGGAUUUCUUUGUUAUUACUUUAACUUAACCUUUCAAUCUCCAUUUCACACCAUCUCAUUUCCCUGGGUGCGAUUCCACCAUCUAGAAAACCCAAAACAAAUCCUCAUUUCCCAAGCUCUCAUCACAUCACAUACCUUAUUCCCAGAUCCUCAAAUUCCUUCCGUCUCCCUAACCCAACCCAUCAUCAAAAAUGGGUCUCGGCGUCCUCGACGACCACCACCUCGAGCAAGUCCCCGGCACCGCCCUCCUAACCGACAUCAUCGACGCCAACCACCAACACCACCACGAUGGCGUCGACACCUCGAUACUCAAGCACGGCAAAGGGCGAAAUGCAGAUGUGGUGCUCGUCCCGCAGCCGUCGAGUAGUCCUAAUGAUCCGUUGAAUUGGCCGUUGUGGAAGAAGGAUUUGAUGCUGUUCUUUAUUUGUAUUGAUACGGCGGUUGUGGGGGCGUGGGGUCCUAUGAUUAGUCCUGGUUAUGCGGAGAUGUCUGUUCAGUUUGGAGUGUCGUAUAAUUAUCUGAAUGGUGGUUUGGGAUGGGGGAUUUUCAUGAUUGGUGUCUCCUGUUUCUUUACAAACAGUUUGGCUGUCAUCUGGGGACGACGACCAAUCUUCCUCCUCGGGAACUUGUUACUCUUCAUCAGCAGUCUCUGGGCAUACUUCGCACACUCAUACAGUUCUCUACUAGCUUCCAGAUUAGUAGGCUGCAUCGGAAUGUCCCCAUUCGAAGUCCUCGUAACCGCCACCAUAGCCGACAUCUACUUCGUCCACGAACGCGGUGUCCGCAUCGCCGCCUGGGGCCUCUGCCUCUCCGUCGGCGUAGGCGGCGGCAUCAUAAUCUCCGGGUACAUCAUCCAAGACCUCGGGUGGAACUGGACAUACGGCGUCUGCGCGAUAUUCUUCGGCGUGUGGAUCCCCGUGCUUGUACUCUUCUGUCCUGAGACUGCGUACAGACGAGAUGCGAUUCUGAAUACGGAUUUAGGGACUGAGAACCGCACUGCGGAGAUUUUGGAGGAGAAGGUUGCUGUGAGGGAGGAGGAGAGGGAGGGUGAGGAGAGGGUGGAGAAUGUGGGGAGUGGUGAGAGGGGUGUUGGUGGUGAGAUCGAGAAGAAACAUUCGUAUGCUUACGAACUUAAGAUUUUCCACGGGAGAGUGUGCGAUGAUCCGUUCUGGAAAGUCCUCUGUCGACCUUUGAUGAUGCUCAUUUUCCCACAAGUGCUCUUCUCGUUCUUCGCAUACGGUCUCACUACCUCCUGGCUCAUCGUCGUCGGUGGCGUCCUGGCACAAGUCUUCACCGCGCCGCCUUACAACUUUACCGUCUCACAGGUUGGUCUGGUCGCUGUUUCUCCGCUCAUCGGUUCGAUAAUCGGGGCGUUCAUAUCUGGUCCUAUUGCAGAUUUCAUCAUCAAGUUCAUGUCCCGCCGCAACAACGGGAUCUACGAGCCUGAAUUCCGCCUCGUGCUAGUAAUCAUCACGCUCAUCUUUGGCGGGAUAUCCUUCUUCGGAUUCGGGUGGUCAAUUUCCGUCGGAGAUCCGUGGAUCGCGCCGGUCAUAUUCUACGGCAUGCAGUAUUUCGGCGUCGGGUUCAUGAGUAUUGCUGUGUAUGGGUAUUUGACGGAUUGUCAUCGGGAUAAGGCGCCUGAGGCGUUCGCGGCAAUCAAUUUGCGGAAUAUCUAUUCGUUUGGGAUGAACUAUUUUAUUAGUGACUGGAUUACCAAACAGGGUCCCAAAGAGGUGUUUUGUAUUAUUGGGGGUGUGCAUGUUUUUAUUUGUUUGUGUGCGAUUCCGAUGUAUGUUUUUGGGAAGAGGUGUAGGAGUUGGACGAGUAGGGUGGGGAUUUUCCAGAAGAUUAUGCAUGCAUAG